GUUAGAAGAAGAGUGACGCCACAGCCCAGAGAGAAGACGACAUUUUAUCAGAACCGCGCGUCCACGGCAUGACCGAGGAAUUUCGUGCUGAUUAUUUCAAUUUUAUUAUAGAAAUUUUACCGGUUAUUAUACUAUAAAAAGGUUCACGAGCUUUUUGUUCGUGUAAGACCUUUGACACCAUAUCUGAAGUCUAUAACUCAUCUAUAAGUCAUAAUUAUGAGUUAUAGCUACAAUAAAUGCAGCUCCAGUAUGAGCUCUCGUGGCCGUGGAUUUAAUUCACGCGGUGGAAGCUCCUACAGAGGCAGAGGAGGCGGUGGUGGAAACGAAUGGAACAGUGGAUCAACAGGAGGAAACAUGUCUAGUAGAGGAGGUUAUUCCUCGUCUAGAGGUGGAAGAUUUAAAUAUUCCACUACCGGUUAUGAUUCUCGUUCAAAAUACAAUUCUGGAGGUUCUGAAAGAUAUUCAAGUAGAGGAGGAAGAGGUGAACAUUCAAAUAGUUAUAAAAGACCAAGGGAGUCUUAUUCGGGAAGAGACGAUCAUCGGUCGUCAAGUGAUUCUACCCGCAAAAGGAUGAGAAGUGAUUCCUACCAGGGUGGAGGUAGCGGUAGCGGCUCACAGAGGUAUUCUUCAUCGUACGGCGGUUCGUCUGCGUCAGCUGCAUAUGACGAUAAUAAGGGGUCGUCAUCUUCGGCUGUUUAUGAGGACAAGAGACAGAGCGAACGUGCCUCGUCAUAUCAUCGUUCAGAGGACCGUCAUUCAGCAUCACGGAGCUAUGCACCUCCACCACCCCCUCGAAUAAGUGAAAUGGCACCUCCGACUCAAAGAUAUACCUCGAGCCGAGGGCGAAUAUCGCAUCAAAGCUCAAACUACAGAGGUCGCAUUUCAACUCGCGGCAGCGGUAGAGGGGGUGGAUUCCAUCGCAUGAGCUCUCGAUCGGACGUCAUCAUGGCUCGCAAGCGUACUCUGCACUCGCUCGACUAUCGACGCAAGCUGCUAGGAUCGCGAUCGCGAGACUACAUCCAGCGUGUGCGCAUGACCACAACCAAAUUGCGCAGGAGUAGCGGUACUACUAGGCUAUCCGGAAGUAAAAAGGAGUCCGGCUCCGGAACCAGCAUGAAGGACAAGGAUAGAGAGAUGACCAAAGCUAUUAACGCUGAAUUUUCUGAUGACGAUGAAGAAGAUGAUGAUAAUAAAAGUAAUUGGGAUGAUGAUGAAAAGCCACAUGAACGUGAUGAUGAAGAAGAAGAUGAAGAGGAAGAGAAAAAGAAAAAAGAUGAAAAAAGAAAGAAAGAAAAACAAGAUAGAGAAAGACAAAAUACUGACGAUGAAGAAGAGAAAGAAGAUGAGAUAAAGGAAGAGGAGGAUGAUCGAAAACAUGAGGACGAUGAAGACGAUGGGGACGACGAAGAAAGAGAUGAUGAAAAUGAUAAAACAGAUCAUGGUAGAACUGGUUCGGAGGAAUUACCGAGUAGAAGAGAUGGAAGGAAAUUCAUUAAACUAACUUGUCCGCAUUGCGCUCAUCGAAGCGUUACUUUCAAAGAGUAUUCGCUACAUUUGUAUUCGGGUCGUCACAGCGCAGCAAUGAGACGAAUCGCAUCGCGGCACAAAGCAACUUUAACCCGUAUGCGCGUUUUGCAACGGCAAGACCAACGACGCGUGGAAGCCCGCGAUGCUGCGCGUGGUACUCUACCCUCUCGCACCAUGUUCUGUCCUAUUUGUAAACUUAAUUACCGUUCCCUUAAAGCAGUACAUCAGCUAUCAGAUUCCCAUCGUCAAAUGAAACGUUUCCUUACACCGUUCUGCCGUACUUGUCGCAUGCAGUUCCGAUCACCGAUGCUCUUUGAAACGCACAUGUGCUCGUUGGAGCAUAUUAAAAGGAAAAGUAUAUUAAAAGAAAGAAUGAAUGCUGGCAAUGGUGAAGCAGAAGCAGAUUCAAGCGGACCUGAAGAAGAUGAUAAGGAAGUUAAUCUCGAGAAUUUUAUGACUUUGGAUUCCGUAGGCGAUGUUGACGCAGAAGAUGAAGAGUCUCCCGAGAAAAAGAAAGAGAAACCAGAAAGUGAAGGUCCAAAUGACACGGAAAAGAAACCUAAAAGCAAACAAAUGAUCAAAGUAGGAGCAGAAUAUAUAAAACGCGUCGAAGUUCAGUUCUGUGAAUUAUGUAAAAUGUACUUGCCACGCAGUGAAAAUAGUGAAAGGGCGAUAGCGCUUCACUGUUCGACUAGAAGUCAUCUUAAACGGUAUGUACGUGAUAACGAUGACAAGGCAUUACGAAGACAAGCUGAAAGAAUACAUCUACAAUCAUCGUCAUCUACUAAUACUACUACGCCUAAUGCUGUAAAUAGCACAGAAAAUGCAAAAUCUCCAACAAAUUCUGAACCGUUAUCUGCAAAUAAUACGCUACCAACAACCACGACCGAUGGUACCGAUGCUACUGAAUCUGGCAAACCAAUUGAGCAAAAAGGAAAUGUUGAGCCUGAGAAAAAUAUAAAGGAUAAUAAAAAUGGACAAGCGGAAGAGGACGAUGAUGAUGAUUACCCAGCCGAUAGCAGUGAUAAAUUGUGGGACGAUGUCGAUAAAGAUUUGGGUGAUAUCCUCAGAGAAACAGAAGCAGGAGGUAAAUCUAGCGACGACGAAGAUUCUCGUUAUGAUCGUUUCCGUAAUUCAGAUAAGAAACAACCGCAUUCUGGAAAAGAUAAAGAUAGAGAUAAUGAAAAAAAUGAGAUAGACGAGAAAGAAAGUAUAAAAAAACAAGAGCUGAAAGUAAAAAUUGAAAAGAUAGAUAUGUAAAGUCCAAGAAUUAUUAGUACGUUUCAAUCAUAUCCCGAUAUGGUUUUAUUGUUUUUUCACAGUUAUGUGUAAAACAUUACAAGUGCGACGACCAUAGAACACUUUUGUGAUCAGCGUUUCAUACAGAAUUAUUUUUAUGAGGUUAGGUAGUUAUUUUGACUCAAGUUAAUAAGUAAGAAAAAAUGUGUAUAAUACUUUUUCGUUCUUGAUACGUUUGUUGUAAGUAUAAUUAAAAAAAAAAGGGAAGUCAUAUUUAUAAAGAAAUGUAAUUCAAAUAAGAUUAAUUUCAUAUAAAGUUAAAUCGAAUUACAUUAAACAUAACUUGAUUUAAAAUUUUUUAUUUACUCGAUAUUGGACAUGUUUGAAAUGUACACUUGACAUUAUAAAAUUUCAUGAUGUUCAAUUCCUUUGUAAUUCAAAAAAAAUCACUAUUUAUGCACACUCAGAGGUGUUAAUACUAAUGUGACUCGUAAAAGAAAUUAUUUGUAUAAACAUAUUGAUUAUAAUUGUGUAAAAGUAGCGGUUAUUUGUGCAUCAAAAAUUUAUUUGAUGAAAAUUCGGAAAGCAACAAAUAUCAAUUUCUAAUUCAUAAUGUAAAUGAGCGUGUCAAAGUUGAUAGACUUGACACGUAUAGAGAUGAUUAUAAUAAAUAUUAUAUACAUCUUAA